AUCUACAAUAAAAUCACUGACUGGAUGUUUAGGCAGGAAGUUUGAGGUAGGACAGAGUCCAAAGUCCUUGUCUGAGGGUACAUAGUCCAUACACUUCAAGAGACUGAAGAAGCCUCUUUUAUGGCCAGCAGAUGAAGCGGUGACAAAGUAUCCAACCCCAAAGAGGCACUUGAGAUCGCUUCCAGUGAUUUCUAUUUCAUAUUGACAUUCUUCUAUCGCUGUUUAUCUUUUUAUGGAUUUAUUGAACUCAACGAUCAAACGUAAUUGAUGUAAAGAUACUCAGAAACCAAAAGGAUACACGACUUCGGGAUCGCAGACCACUAUCUCGAUAUCUCAAUCAAAUUCUGACAACCUUUGUACCGAUAUAGAUAACAAUCGAUCAAUCUCUUGUCGUCUGCAAGGAUCAGGGUGUGAUUUUACGUACAGACGAAGCACGUGGAGUAACAUUAAGCGUUGCCAAGCAACGCGCCAAUAUUACUCUUACAGGUGGACUCCGAUCGCAAUACUGAUUAUGAGAAGAUUCGUUGCGCACGCACCGUGUUGAUAGCUGCGAGCAAUCACCCGUAUCUUUUGCGUGCAGUGGCGUGUGCGAUUUUUUUUUCUACCCCUUGUGCGCGCGCGUCAACGAUAUCAUCAUGCCUUUUUCGUUUCGAAUCGGUAAAGACGGCAAGGCCGAUCAGACUGCUAAUCAACCGUCGGAAGAAGCAAACGAAAUGGGAAAUGGCGCGGGCCUGCAUAGUAAGCAGGCGCGCUCGGACGCGGGAGGCGGUGGGGGCAAUGGCGCCGCACCGCACAAGAACAACACGGGUUCGAAUCUCAACCACAAGACCGCCCCGGGCACCCAGGAGGUGACGAAGCUCGAGAUCCGGGUCCACGAGCUCCAGCUCCAGCUCAAGGAGUGCCAUGAGGAGCUUGCGAUACGGAGGGCUAUGGUGGAGGAGCGGGAUGAUGAACUCGAGAGAGUCAGGGAGGAGGUUAAUAAACUCAGGGCUGUGCUCAGCCAGAAGAAUACAGGAGUUAUUGACGGGUCUGGGGGUAAGAAACUCGCCGUUUUAUUGGAGAAUAAGAGGAACAAGAAACAGGGUGUGUCUGGUGAAAGUGGUGGUAUGCAGACCAGCGUUCAAGUACAGGAUACAGAACUCAAGAGACACCCGAAAGAUUCCACUGCCAAACAGCUGAUACGAGAUGCGAUCCUCCUCAAUGACUUCACAAAGAAUUUCGACAUCUCCCAGACCCGUGAAAUAGUGGAUUGUAUGUUCCCGAUCAGUUAUAAGAAGGGAGAGAUAGUCAUCAAUGAGGGUGACACAGGGGCUCAUUUUUACGUUGGGGCAGUGGGUACCCUCCAGGUCAGUCAGGGGGAUCGUGUCCUCGCCACCAUGGGUCCGGGAAAGGUCUUCGGUGAGCUGGCCAUCCUCUAUAAUUGCACGAGAACUGCCACAGUCACAGCCAUCACCGAUGCACAGGUAUGGGCGAUCGAUCGAACCGUGUUCCAACUGAUUAUGAUGAAAACUGGUAUGCAGCGACACGAAGAGUAUUUCAACUUCCUUAAGAGUGUGCCUUUGCUCAAAGAUUUGUCUUCCGAUAAUCUCUUCAAGUUAGCGAACAGUCUGGAGGUAGACUACUUCCAUGAAAAUGAAUAUAUCAUAGUGGAGGGUUCCAGGGGUGAUACUUUCUACAUCAUUAGCAAGGGGGAGGUCCGGAUAACCCAAUCCGUCCAAGGACAAAAGGAACCGCAAUUGGUUAGAACACUCAAGAAAGGUGAUUUCUUCGGCGAGAAAGCUCUCCUUAGCGAGGACGUCAGAACGGCAAAUGUCUUGGCGAAUACGGGCGGCUGUGAGUGUUUAGCCGUUGACAGAAGGUCUUUCAACGAAUUGAUUGGGAACAUCCAGGCCCUCCAGAACAAGAAUUAUGGAGACAAGGAAAGGGGUGCUACAAGAUUGUUGGGAGGAGUGGAUUCAACUGACUUUGACCCAAUAAAGGGGCUAGUAAAAUGGAUAUCGAAAGUCACAAAACGAUCAAGCUCGGAGAUGGACAAUACUGAGAUCGCACGAGUGAAACCGAUACAGGAUGAGCUAGCAUCGAUACACCUGAACGAUCUCGAUAUCGUCGCCACGCUCGGUGUUGGCGGGUUCGGUCGGGUUGAGCUGGUUCAGUUGGCUGGUGAUAAGAGAACAUAUGCCCUCAAAUGUUUGAAGAAACAUCACAUCGUUGAGACUCGCCAACAGGAACAUAUUUUCUCAGAGAAGAAAAUCAUGCUGGAAUCCAGCUCCCCCUUUAUCGUCAAAUUGUUCAAGACGUUCCGUGACAAGAAGUAUAUAUACAUGCUAAUGGAAGUCUGUCUUGGCGGAGAACUGUGGACCAUUCUGAGGGACAAGGGUCACUUUGAUGAUCGAACUGCGAGGUUCUGCACUGCUUGCGUGGUUGAAGCAUUCCACUACUUGCACAGUCGAGGUAUUGUUUACCGAGAUCUUAAGCCUGAGAAUCUACUACUUGACAACAAGGGCUACGUCAAAUUGGUCGACUUUGGGUUUGCAAAGAAGAUCGGAUUUGGUCGCAAGACCUGGACCUUCUGUGGUACGCCGGAGUACGUAGCACCGGAAAUCAUCCUCAACAAAGGUCAUGACCUGUCUUGUGAUUACUGGUCCCUUGGUAUCCUGAUCUUUGAGCUGCUAACAGGAAAUCCUCCAUUCAGCGCCACAGAUCCCAUGAAGACGUACAAUGUCAUCCUAAAGGGCAUUGAUAUCGUGGAGUUCCCACGCAAAAUCCCGCGUAGUGCAGCGAACCUCAUAAAGCGUCUAUGCAGAGACAACCCCGUCGAGAGAAUCGGGUACCAGAAGAAUGGACUGGCCGACAUCAAGAAACACAAGUGGUUCCAAGGUUUCGACUGGGAAGGCCUCAGAAAACAAGAGAUGCCACCCCCACUACCUCCAAAGGUGAAAGGACCAGAUGAUUGCAGUAACUUCGACAGCUACCCGAAAGACGUCGAGAUGCCACCCGACGAAACGUCCGGAUGGGACGAACAUUUCUAAACGGGAACCGACGGCACCCGAGGACUAAACGAUCAUUUCCGAUGUAAAGUCCAGAUGUGCGUUCGGAUGGGAGGAAUAUUUUAAAACGGGAGCUGACAGGCACUCGAAGACAGAAUGAUCGCCGCCGACGAUUUUUUUUUACAUAGACCGGAAUCGGAACAAUGAUUUUAUCGUCGGAGCCGUGUUUAUGGCGACAAGGGGUUAACGGAAUGGUCUUGGUCUGUGUCGGACAUUCUUUGGCCAAGACUUGGAGUAUCGCACACCAUUUUUACAUUUAGUUUGCAGACAUUAAGACAUUUUGACUGCACUGAUCUUCAAAGCUGGGCAUUAAUGGAUACGCUGCCUGCAUGGUCUGAGAUGUACCAUGGCUUGAGAAGAUGAUUCGGAAACUGACGCUAUUUUCGCAAGAUGUGAACAUCCAGUGUAAAUGCCAGAGAAGAUGUGCGAAGACCUCAGAGAGGAUAUCUCCUUUUGAACACAAGAGGUGCAACGUUUAAGGACUACAUUGCUAACUAAAAUUUGGAUCAGAGGACAGAGGCAUAUUAGAAGACAGUGCACAAGACAAGACGAUUCUCAACUUUCUGAGGACAACAAUAUUUAGUUGCACAUUUGUUGCAUAUUUAUCAUAAUGGAUUAUGUCCCCUCUUACCGAAAGAUUGGAUUUUUAUUUUCAAUUUGUUCAUCAGGAAAAUGACUGAUGUAGAUAUGAUCAGGUAAAGCUAUACAUUGCCAGUGACGUUCAAGACAGAUGUAUGAAAAUAGUGUAUACGUAUUUAUAGAGACACAGGAACCUGUUCUAUUAGAUUGUUGUUGCCAUUGUUAUCAUCAGGUACACAUGCGAUAUACCCAAUCGCAAUUUAAAGUUUGGUUAAGAGUAGGCUAACUCAAAACGAGAAUGUUAGAUGUAAUUUCAAUGGGGCAAACUUUUAGGCUUUACUCCAGGCGCCAUUGUUUUGACAGCACGUGGGUUUAUAAGUACUCAAAAAUGCAGAUAAAUCUGUAUUAUGCAAACCUUGGCACAGAAAACAAAUACUGAUUUCCUGAAGGAAUUAAUUCAAGUAUUAAUUGCCUUGUCAAAGAUUUACCCGAUGUUGCACUAG